AUGGUUGAUGCUCAGCUGCCGAAGCCGGCACGGGCCCCUCUGGUUCUGCACAAGCCUUUCGUGGUUGUUUGGAAUGCGCCAACGGAGCAGUGCAGGCUGCGGUACAAGGUGGACCUGGAUCUCAGUGUUUUUGACAUCGCUUCCAACACCAAUGAGACUUUGAGUGGAUCCAAUGUGACAAUCUUCUAUCACACUCAUUUGGGAUACUACCCCUACUACUCAGAUAAUGGAGAUCCUGUCAAUGGAGGGGUGCCCCAGAACGAAAGUCUUAUCAAACACCUUAAUAAAGCAAAGUCUGACAUUGACUAUUGCAUACCCAUGAAGAAAUUUCAGGGACUUGCAGUCAUUGACUGGGAAAACUGGAGGCCACAGUGGGAUAGGAACUGGGGCAAUAAAAGCAUUUAUAGAAAUAAAUCUCUUGAGAUGGUUAGGAGUCGGCAUCCUCAGUGGUCAGAGGACAAAAUCAGGAAAGUGGCUAAAGAGGAGUUUGAAAAUGCUGGCAAGAGUUUUAUGAACAACACUAUCCUUCUGGCUGAGCAUAUGAGACCAAACGGUUUGUGGGGUUACUAUCUUUACCCAGACUGCUACAAUUAUGAUUACAAAGAACACCCCCAAACGUACACGGGCAAAUGCCCAGCCAUUGAGUCUUCCCGCAAUGACCUUCUGCUUUGGCUGUGGAAGGAAAGCACUGCUCUCUACCCUUCCAUAUAUCUGGAUUAUGUACUGAAGUCAAGUCCAAAUGCACUAAAAUUUGUUCACUAUCGGGUUAAGGAGGCAAUACGUGUUGCCUCAAUUGCUAGAAAAGACUACGUUUUGCCUGUGUUUGUUUACUCCAGACCAUUUUAUGCCUAUACUUUUCAUGUUUUAACAGAGAUGGAUCUGGUCAAUACCAUCGGUGAAAGUGCGGCUUUGGGAGCAGCUGGAGUUGUUCUCUGGGGCAGUAUGCAAUACGCCAGCUCAAAGGAGAGUUGUUCAACUGUGAAAAGGUACAUUGAUGGACCCUUAGGACAUUACGUCAUCAACGUGACCUCAGCAGCCAAACUCUGUAGCAAAGUCCUGUGCAAGAAGAAUGGAAGAUGUAUCCGCAAGAACAGCGACUCUUCUGCUUACCUCCAUUUGUCACCUACUAACUUUAAGAUCCGAUCCCGUCACUCAGGGAGGGGCCCCAGGUUCCAGGUGACUGGUGAACCCAGCCUGGAGAGCAUUGAAGCCAUGAGGCAGAGAUUCAUGUGUCAGUGUUACCAGGGCUGGACAGGAAUAUUUUGUGAAGUGCCUGACCAAAGGCUAAUGGAACGCUGGGUUCACAUUCUGUUCAGUAGAUCAAGAAAACAGCAGUUUUAUGUCUUCCUCUUAGGGGCCAUGCAGCUUCUUCUGCUUUAUACUGCACACUAG